UAUAAAGCUGCUCAGCACAUAAAACCAAUUAACAAAAAAAAUCAUACAUAGAUUGGUGGUGCAACUCAACUCUUAUUAUUGUUUCUCUCUUCUUAUUCUUUUUCUAAACUACAAAUUGCAAUCAUGGGAAAUAUAUUCCUCACACUCUUAUUGUUACCUUCAAUUUUCUCAAUAGCCUCAUCAAGAAGAGAACCUUCACCUUCCUCCAGCAACAUAGGUUGGUGGUGCAACCUAACCCCCCACCCUGAACCAUGCAAACACUAUAUUACUCAUAUGAACCCCCAUUCCACAAUCAAACACAAAACUGAAUUUCGAGGAAUGCUUGUUCAGUUGGCUUUAAAACAAGCACUUAACAUGCAAAGGGAAGCACAUGAUUCUCAACAAAACAUGGUCACAGAUAAACACAGGACUGUACAUGGUGAUUGUUUGAAGCUGUAUGAAAAUACCAUCUUUCAUCUCAAUCGUGCAAUUGAAAGUCUUGAUCUGAAAAAGGGUUUCUCACCAGUUGAUACACAAACUUGGCUCACAACAGCUCUCACAAAUAUCAGAACAUGUAGAACAGGGGCAGUGGAUCUCAAUGCUCAAGAUUUCAUGGUGCCAACAGGAAGCAGUAACGUCACUGAGAUGAUAAGGAACAGCUUAGCUAUCAAUGUUGAUUUCCUGAAACAAAAUGCUUCAAAAUAUCACACCUCAGAAACAGAGGAAGAUGUGUUUCCAAGCUGGUUUUCUAGGCAUGAGAGGAAACUUGUGCAGUCUUCUACGGUGAAGCCAAAUUUGGUGGUAGCAAAAGAUGGUUCGGGAAACUACAGGACUGUCCAAGGUGCUCUGAAUGCAGCUGCAAAGAGAAGAUAUAAAACAAGGUUUGUGAUAAAUGUGAAGAAAGGGGUGUAUAGAGAGAAUAUUGAGGUUGCUGUGAAGAAUGAUAAUAUCAUGCUGGUUGGUGAUGGGAUGAAAAACACCAUAAUCACCAGUGGCAGAAGUGUUCAAGCAGGUUUUACCACCUAUAGCUCUGCAACAGCAGGCAUAGAUGGCCUCCACUUCGUUGCACGAGAUAUUACCUUCCAAAACACUGCGGGUCCUCAAAAGGGUCAAGCCGUGGCGCUCCGGUCAGCCUCAGACCUCUCAGUCUUCUACCGAUGUGCUAUAUUAGGUUAUCAAGACACCCUCAUGGUUCAUGCACAACGCCAAUUUUAUAGACAAUGCCAAAUCUAUGGCACCGUAGACUUCAUCUUUGGGAACGCCGCAGUGGUAUUUCAGAACUGCAAGAUUUUCGCAAGAAAGCCUUUAGAUGGCCAAGCAAACAUGAUCACAGCUCAAGGACGAGACGACCCAUUCCAGAACACUGGAAUCACUAUCCACAAUUCUGAAAUCAGGGCGGCUCCGGACCUCAAGCCUGUUGUUGAGAAGCACAACACCUUCUUGGGCAGGCCCUGGCAACAAUACUCAAGAGUGGUGGUCUUGAAAACUUUCAUGGACACCUUGGUUAGCCCGUUAGGAUGGUCUUCGUGGGAUGGUACUGAUUUUGCUCUUGACACUUUGUAUUAUGGAGAGUAUGGGAACUCUGGGCCUGGUUCAUCUGUGAUAAAUAGAGUACAGUGGCCUGGGUUUCAUGUGAUAACAAGCCCCGCUGAAGCAUCACGGUUCACCGUUAAUGGACUUCUUACCGGCUCCAUGUGGUUACGUGAAACAACUGUGCCAUUUACCUCUGGUCUUUGAUCUCUGCCAUAUAACUAUUGCAGCAAAAAAAGUUCUACCAUUUUACUAUGUAAAUUACAUUUACUUAUUUGAAAUUAAUAUGUUGUAGUUAUUUGAAAAAAUUGUACAAUAUUCUUUUGUAUGUAUUCUUUGUGUGUAUUAUAAAAGAAAAAAAAAACAUUAUUGUUUGAAA